UUUCAUAAAUUUUUUAAAAAAUCAACAUGAUUUUUUGUUUCGAACACCUGUUUCGAUUUGAUUAUUCUUCAUCCUCAAUUGACGAUGCUGGAUAUCCGGUAUUAAUUGCUCCGGAAUGAACCAGCGGAUUUAAAAAAUUUCGCUAUUCACUGGUGAACAGUUGACCCUUGAAUAGCCUCACGGUAGAUUAAACGGCAAGGGAAAAAACUUUCAUUCAUCAACAACACCGCAUGCGAUUGAUUUAUGACGACAAGAAUACGCGAUUGCCCUAUUUUUCCGUUCAUUGAAGUCAUCGGAUGAUUGGCAGGGAUUGUUUCCGCCUGACGAAAUAAUACCGCAGUGAUCAAUAAAAUGAUCAUCUAAUUAAGAUAAUUAUUCAAUUCUGCGCAUCAUUAAAACAUUAAAAAAUCAAUCGCACGCAUGCGAGCAUUUCCCUUUUCAAUCUCUAAAAAUAAAAAAUCCCAGAACAUAACAUUAACAACCAUGAAUUUCAAAGCUCAACCGGAUUUAUAAAAAAAAAUCAACAGCUUCUCUUAGAAUUCCCCAAAAUUCUCUCCGAACAUUUGCUCCGCUUACUUUUAUCGCAAUUACCUUAAAUUUAGUACAUCAAUUACCGAGCUUUCGCGUUUUUCCCCUGAACUCAAGAGAAAUAUAUCAGAGUAAGUGAAGAAGUCGUUUAUUCGGCAAUCUCGCGCUCAUUAAUUUUAAUUAACACGAAAUCCCAGAAUCAACUGACUUUUCCGGGGAAUAAAUCUUUUUGUCCGUGGAAUAAUUUCCGUAAAGCGAGAGGAAGAAACAAUUGCGAUGACAUGAUCACCCUCAUCCCCUGGCGGGAGAGAAUCAUGAGAUUUCGUCACGCGUGAGGUACACCAUGGAUAAUUACUGGACGUUAAUGAAAAUCUAGUGCUUGUCAAAAGCCACGGUAAGAUGAACGCGAGUGCAUGGAACUUCAGCGAGCAUUUGGAUCUGCUCGAGCAGAACUUGACGAAUUGUUCGUUGGAUGGUGGUUGUUAUGAUCGUGAUUUGGUGAGUAAAGUGGUGAAAGUGGUGGUACCAUUGUUCUUCGGACCCAUCGGAAUCCUCGGUCUUGUGGGUAAUUCACUAGUGGUCAUCGUUAUCGCUCUCAAUCCAGCAAUGCGAUCCACCACCAAUCUACUAAUUAUCAAUCUCGCUAUUGCGGAUUUGCUGUUUGUUGUAUUCUGCAUACCAUUCACCGCCGCUGAUUUUGUACUGCCACACUGGCCCUUCGGUGAUUUGUGGUGCCGAAUUGUUCAGUACUUGAUCAUUGUUACUGCCUGCGCCAGUGUUUACACUCUGGUACUCAUGAGCUUGGACAGGUACUUGGCUGUUGUGCAUCCAGUGGCUUCGAUGACAGUGAGAACCGAGCACCACGCAUUCCUCGCCAUCUGCAUCGUCUGGUUCGUCAUCCUGACGACGUCAAUUCCAGUUCUCCUGAUCCACGGACAGGUGGGAUCCAUCGUAAUUAUGAUUGAACAUCCGAGGCAAUUGGUGGCGAUCGGUGACUCAUUAACUCGGCAGAUUUACAUUCAGUUGCAGGGAGACGAGGAUCCGGAGAAAUACAUCUGUCGAAUUCUGCCGGACGUCAACUGGCCUCUCUUCCAGAUGACCUUUUUCCUCCUCAGCUACGUUAUACCUCUGACACUGACCUGUGGACUCUACGUGUUCAUGCUGAUUCGGUUGUGGCGUGGGGUGCGUGCCAGUGCUGAGAGCCGAAGGGGUCGGAAAAAAGUCACCAGACUCGUCAUCAUCGUGGUCGCUGUUUUCGCCAUUUGCUGGUUUCCCAUACAACUCAUUCUGGUGGUUAAAUCACUGGGAUCGUAUCCUCUGACAACAACAUCCAUUAUGAUUCAGAUAGCCAGUCAUGUUAUGGCGUACAUGAAUAGCUGCGUCAAUCCAAUUUUGUACGCUUUUUUGAGUGAUAAUUUUCGAAAGGCCUUUCGCAAAAUUAUUUAUUGCAGACCAAGGUAUCAGGUAUCAGGUACCAAAGGAACUGGACCCCUCACCAAGACAACCAGAGCUGCCAGCAGUGGUGACAUAAUUUAGGAGUGAAAUCGUGGCACCAGUCGGAGCCUGUCGGAUGCUUUUGACUGAUCUCCAGAGACUCCAGACUCCAGUCUGAUUGGUGAUGACAAGGUACAAGGUGUUAUCCUAGUCACGUAAUGAUGCUUUUGUAUCUCGAGUUAUUGCGUUAUCAACGUUUCGCUCAAUACCAAAGAUUACUCUAGGCUAUGGGAAAGUUAUUGUUCAAUUCGGUGAGUAAUGAGUUAUGGAUCUGAGUACUUUGUGUGAUUUUGUGGUGCUUCUCUUUUCUGGGUGAAUAAUAAAUUGUGAAUAACGGUUGCGUCGUUUAGGGUUAAUGCACCAGGUGGUGAUAUAAAUUAUAUGAAGUGUUAAUGAUUGCUGUUAGACUUUAUGGGAGAUAGAGUAAUCCUAAUGGGUAUCAAUGAUUUGUAAAAUUUUCAGCACAAAAUCAAGUGAAUAGGGUACCUCUAUGUGUAUACGGAUCUCCAGAUAAAUGAGAUUUUCCAGAAGUUCAAUUGUACAACGAGAAAAAAGAAUUCUUCAACUGAAAAAUCCCCUUUUUUGCAUUAUUAUUAUUUUUUGCAUUGUUUAUUUAUUCAAUUUAAAAUAACAUAUCGUCAGGUUUACUGAGAGUUUUCAUUUUCAAUCGAUUAAUCUUUUUUAUCUUCACAUUUUUUGUUCUACAUCUUCAGGAUGAAUCUGAAGUGGAAAUUUUUUUCGGGAGUUGAUUGCAAAUUUUGAAUUGUGAAUUUGAAUUUUUAAUUGGCAUUUAUCCCUUGAGUCAAGGAUUCUUCUCUCUCUCUUUCUCUCUCGGGUUGUGGGAGAAUCCCAUAAAAUAUGGAGAUAAAUUCAAAAUAUGAGUGACGUAUUGAAUCAGCGGAUGAUGGUGCAUGAGCCCCUGCCUCAUCCGCUCGAUUCUCCACUGAUAAAUUAUUACGAUGUUUUUCUUUCAAACGAGAAAUCAAUACACUCACGUAGAGAUAAAUAUUUUUAUCGCAUGACUGAGUGAAUGAGGCUGACACUGUGGAAUAAAUGUUGAGUGUACAUACAACUAUAUUUUAUCAUUAAAUCGAUGUACAUGAGUGUAAAUUAAUAAAUGUCGGGGGAGUAGCUUGUAAAAUAACUGUACUCUAAUUGUAUAUUAAAUUCAAUAAUUCUGUGCAAAGUGUUGAAUUUUAUUAACAAAAUAACAAA